AGGAAAGGAGCUCGAGCGUUAGUUUUCUGAGCAUCUGGAUAUUUGUCUGGAGAAAAGAGACGAAGAAGACAGAUUUGGAUGUAUGGAAUACCAAAGAAGAAGACAGAAAAAGUUCACAAGAAGAAGAGAGGAGGAUAGGAGGCGGGAAACCCGGAGGAGAGUGUUAUUUUUCUAACGGGACAGGAGGACUAACAGCAGGAAUGUUACCGGUGAUCCUGACAGUUUACCUCAAUGACACCCAGCAGAUGCUUACUGAGGUCCCGGUUACUCCGGCAACCAGAGUGAUUGACGUUGUGGAAUACUGUAAAGAAGCCGGAGAGGGGGAGUGUCACCUCGCUGAAGUAUGGAACGGACACGAGCGUGUUCUCCCUCAGGAGAUCUUACUGUUGGAUCUGCUCCAGCAGUGGGGGGGCAGGAGGCCGGAGGUCAGCUUCUACCUCAGACACUGCCCCUCCUGGUCACAAGGAAGCCCGCAGCCUUUGGAGCAGAGCUGGACCCAAGAAGAAGAAGCAGAGAGUGCUGAUGACAAGGUUCCCCGUGUGGAGCUGACCCUCUCGGAGCUCCAGGAAAUGGCCACAAGACAACAGCAACAAAUAGAGGCUCAGCAACAGAUGUUGGUCGCCAAGGAGCAGAGACUGAAGUAUCUUCACCAGGGAGGCAGAUCCAACCAUGGACAGACACAGUCUGAGGCGGAGAAGCUGCAGCGGCUGAAGGAGCGGGUGGAGACGCAGGAAGCCAAGCUGAAGAAGAUCCGCGCCAUGAGAGGACAGGUGGACUACAGCAAACUGAUCAACGGAAACCUCUCUGCAGAGAUUGAGCAUGUGAGCAGCCUGUUCCAGGAGAAGCAGACGGAGCUGCAGUCUGCCGUGGUCAGAGUGGACCAGUUGACGCAGCAGCUGGAUGAUUUAAAGAAAGGACGCCUUCAGCUACACUCUGCUCCACACGCUCAGGGGCCUCACAGCGGGCCCCUGGGGCCACACACUAGCCAGAAAGGAUCACCCCUGUCUGGUCCUGCAGCCCUGGAACUGAGGAAACUGUACCAGGAGCUACAGGCUCGUAACCGUCAUAACCUGGAGCAGAGCAGCAAGCUGGCCCAGAACAAGGAUCUGCUGAACAAGAGGAACGCCCAGGUGACGGUGAUGGACCAACGCAUCGGAGACCUGAGGGAACGACUGCAUAAGAAGAGAGCAGAGUUGAGUCGUAUGAAUGGAGGAGGCCCGUCCUCGCCUCAGUCCUCCUCACACCCGGGCGCUGGAGUCUCGGGGCGAGUAGCGGCGGUCUGCCCCUACAUCCAGGUUCCAGCAGAGGGGAGGCAGGAGGCGGGGUACCCCAUGCCUGCAGACCCCCCAGCCAAACCAACCCCCCUCAGCCACAUUCGCUCCCUCUCAGCUAAUGAAGCAUCAUGGCCUAGCAUGAGUAAGAGUGUGUCAGAUUGGAGGAGCAACAGUCCAGAACAGCUUCCCUCUGGUUAUGGUACUUACCCCAGUGCCAGCCACCAGGCGGCGGGGCAUCACUGCCCCUCCAGCUCCCUGCCCCGCUCGGCCCCCGGGACACUGGGCUGGCCCCGAUCCAGCGCUGCAAAUUCCUCCUCAAUCUCCUCUUCAUCGUCUUCCUCUUCACAACAAAUACAGCAACGGAUCUCCGUCCCUCCAAACUCAAGCCAAGGCUCCCCCUCCCAGCCACAAACAGAGCGAACAGACCCCCCUCCAGCGGUGGCCGUUCGUCCGUACGUCCCGGACCAUCCCUCCAGGCCCCAGUCUCCGAGGAAGGGCCCCGCCACCAUGAACAGCAGCUCCAUUUACAGCAUGUACCUCCAGCAGCCGCAGGCCAAGAACUAUGGGUCUCUGAGCAACAGGACUACUGUCAAAGCAGUCUACGGCAAACCUAUCCUCCCCACCUCCUCCACCAAUCCGUCCCCUGUCCCUUUCCUCCAGGGAGGAGGAGGAGUAAAAGCAGGAGGAGAGGAUGUAACCGAUAAAGAAGGAGGGAAAGGAGGAGAGAGUACUGAUAGGCAAAUCCUCCCCCAACCCACUGUGGACAACAUCCCUCGCCCCCUCAGCCCCACAAAGCUCACCCCAGUCGCCCACUCCCAGCUGCGUUACCAGAGCGAUGCUGACCUGGAGGUUCUGCGACGACGCCUCAGCAAUGCCCCGCGGCCCCUGAAGAAACGUAGCUCCAUCACUGAGCCUGAGGGUCCCCAGGGGCCAAACAUCCAAAAACUAUUAUACCAGAGGUUCAACACGUUGGCAGGAGGCAUGGAAGGAGGCUCAGGUAAUACCUUCUACCAGCCUGACUGCACUUUGGGUGAAGUGGACAACAUCCAUUCAUCCAAUGGGAAUGUAGAACCUGGAGACAAGCACAUGAAUACGGCAACCGCCGAGGGGGAGGUCCAAAACCUGAACUCGGGCUCUCCCCGCUCGUCCCCCCCUUCUGUUGCCAUAGAAACACCCAAAGAGACGUCAGCAAAAGCAGAAACUACCAAAAACGUGUCACCACCGACCCGAUCCAGCCCACCCUCUGCACCUGAUAGGCCGGAGGACCAGAACAACAACAAGAAAGGAUUAAGUCCUGCACACGGCUCUGUAGGCCACUCCUCCCCCUCAACAUCCCCUCCUGCCCCCCCUUCAAAACCUAAGGUGAAGCGAACCAACCUAAAGAAACCGUCAUCAGAGCGAACGGGCCACGGGCUGAGAGUGAAGUUUAACCCUCUGGCUCUACUGCUGGACGCUUCCUUAGAGGGAGAGUUUGACCUUGUGCAGAGGAUUAUAUAUGAGGUGGAAAACCCCAGUAUGCCAAAUGACGAAGGCAUCACUCCUCUUCACAAUGCCGUGUGUGCGGGCCAUCACCACAUUGUGAAGUUCCUGCUGGACUUUGGAGUCAAUGUGAACGCAGCUGACAGUGAUGGAUGGACUCCUUUGCAUUGUGCAGCUUCCUGUAACAGCGUCCACCUCUGUAAGAUGCUGGUGGAGUCAGGGGCGGCCAUUUUUGCCACAACAAUUAGUGACGUGGAAACAGCAGCAGACAAAUGUGAAGAAAUGGAGGAGGGCUAUACCCAGUGUUCCCAGUUCCUCUAUGGCGUCCAGGAGAAGUUGGGUGUGAUGAACAAAGGCCUGGUGUACACUCUGUGGGACUACACGGCCCAGCAGGCCGAUGAGCUGUCCUUCAGCGAGGGCGACGCCCUCACCGUGCUGCGUCGCCGUGACGACACCGAGACGGAAUGGUGGUGGUCGCGACUUAGCGACCGCGAGGGAUACGUACCCAGGAACCUACUGGGGCUGUAUCCAAGGAUCAAACCCAGACAACGCUCACUGGCGUAAAGCCCAGAUCAGACGCUACGUGCACACGCGCAUGCACAGAGAAGAAGAGGAGCCGCAUGUGGGAGGAAGCAUUAGCCAGGGGAAGAAAGAACAAAGGUAGCAGGAAGAAGAGAAAACAAAGAAGGAGCUCGCAGAAACUUUUUCCAUUUGUUUGGAUGUGAUGCUGGAACCACAAAGCCACUUUAUGCUAGAAUCAUAAUAUAUAUUUUCACUGCAGUAAAAGGAAAUUGCCUGUUAUUUUGAGCUUGGCAACUUCACACUAGUUCAGCUGCAUGAGAGAAGCUAAGUAGAAAAAUAUCUUGAGGCUCAGGACAUGAAAACACGAGCUCAGAUUCAUACUGACAUUCAUCCAAAUAACCUCAUAUUUGAACUUUAUUUUUGUAUGGUGUAAGAAGAAGUGGAGAGAAGAUUGAAAUGCAGUACAGGUCCAAGUAAGUGUGAAAGAGAAGCAGGAGAGAGGAAAGUGAGGUAGUGUGUCUCUGAAUGUGUUAAAGGGAUUUAGAUGGAGCAGUGUUAGUCUGGAGUAAAGUUGGAUGUGCAACCACAAGACUAACAAAACAGGAUCCAGCAAGUUUAUGAUGCAUGGUGAUCCACAGCAAACCACAUGUUGACAAUAAAAUGUUAUGGCAUGGUAAAAAAAACUUUAGUUUGAACUGAUACCAGAAGAAUAUUUCAUUUCUGGCAAAAUAAUAAAAGGAGCAUCUGUAAAUUAUUAUGAAUGUCUCAAACGUUUACUAUAGAGUGGUGCGGGAAUGAGUCCUAAACCUAGGAGAUGAGUUAGCAUUUUAUUUAUUUUUUAUUCUCACCUUUUUUUUUUUACAUGUUUUUUGUUAGAUGCCUGUAUUAAGGUCUGUGGUUAACCCAAGCUGAAGAGACUUUCACGCUUUGUCCUGCGACAUGAAAUACGUCAGUAAACACCACACUUGUGAAUAUCAGUCGUUAAAACAGCGGUUGCUUACUUGCUUCUAAAUAAGACUAAACGUCAUCACGCCGACCAUUAGCCACCUUUAGCUUAGCCGUGGUGACCUGAAGUCAUGUGAUUCUGAUGUUAGCUUUUGACUUGUGGUGAUAGCUUUGACGCUUCACGAGUCAUAAAGUGGUGUUAAUAUGUGGAGGUUAUCCUGCUGAACAAAGCGUGUAAGCAACAGAUCCAUGUGUAUGCCCCAGAGUUUAUUUUCUGGAAUAUUCCCAAAUCCAAUAGAAAAAUUCCAUUGACUUUUUUUCUAGAGAGCCCUUGCGAUGCUAACCUCCAGGUGGGACUGAAGUAUGUCAUUACUGCACAACUCGACUCAGCACUGGUGCAUGCUGUCAUAUUAACAUCUGUUUAACUGUAGAAUGGUUGCUGCUGGUAAGAGAGGAGGAAGUAAGGAAACCGAAGAAUGUGAGAAAAGGAUUUUUGAAAUUUGAAUAAUGUUGUCAAACCAAAGCAGCUAUGAAAUGGGAAUAAGGAGGUGACAAUUUUGUACACAUUUAAAUAAAACCACAAAAUACCUUCUCCAGUAUAGGGCCUGGCACAUAUUGGCAAUACUGAUACCAGGUUGGAACGCAACAAUAUGAUAAGCCUGUGUUCCCCAUCCACAAUAAAACAUUGAAAAAUAUAAUUGUACACAUAUUCCAUGGGUAACUGCUAUAGUGUUAAAAUGAAGAAUCUAAAGUGUGAAAACAAUGUGACCUUCUCAAAAGUUAAUGUUUAAUGCCAAUGAUUUGUUGUUUUAUUUAAACACUUGUUUUUCUACUGUUACUGUUAUUAUUAGAAACACUGCUGUCCUUUCUUCAUGUCAGUGCUGGCACCACUCACUGCUGCCCCCUAGUGUACAGAACAUGCUGUGUAAAAUAUGAGGCAAUAAGUUGUGAUGUUUGGUGUGAGAAUGAGGUGUGUGAACCAUUACUUUGUGUAUAUGCAACCUGUAACUACACGGCUAAUGUAUGAUAAUAAUAAUAAUAAAGAAAUUAUA